UUGAACUUGCAGCGCAGGGGGCUUCACUAUACCCCCAUCACUCUCUCUUUGCAAAAAAGUCAUGAAGAGCUCCGCACAGCCCGCACCGCACUACUCCUCACCCUCUGUAUGAUCAGCAGCUCAUUGCUUUUUUUCCCCCUUGUUGGCUGUCAGACGCAUCAAUGAAGAUAUUUCAUUUGGAGUUUACCUUGUAGGAAAGGAUUUCCCAAUGUGAACUCAGCUGAAAAUCCGUCACUAAACCAACAUGUCUCGCCGCAAGCAGGGCAAACCCCAGCACUUGAGCAAACGGGAGUUUUCGCCUGAGCCGCUCUCAGGUGUUUUACCAGAAGAAGACUCUCAGGACUCCCCCAGCCUGGGAGUGGCUCAGGGCGAGCCCCUAAAAGGGGACCAGGACCUGCUGACCUGCGGCCAGUGCCACUCUCGCUUCCCCUUAGCUGACAUCCUGCUUUUCAUUGAACACAAACGGAGGCAGUGCCACGGUAGCCUCUGUGUGGACAAACCUCUGGACAGGCCACCAUCCUCCCCACUCGCCUCUCCUCUUUCCACAUCCUCGUCACACUCGCGGACCCAACAUCAGCACCAAAGGAGGGUGCGUCAACCUGUCGAGGUGGCUGUUCAGGUGUCACCGCAGGAUGAGGAUUGUUUAUCUGCACCCUUGCAAGGAAUAAUCCCUAAGCAGGAGAAUAUGACAGAUAAAGAUGAGCCCAGCAGUUACACCUGCACCACAUGCAAACAGCCUUUCACCAGUGCCUGGUUCCUGCUCCAGCAUGCCCAGAACACCCAUGGCUUCCGUAUCUAUCUGGAGAGCGAGCCCGGCAGCCCCCUCACCCCUCGUGUGGCUGCAGCUCCCGGAAUGGGGGGUGACUGUAAUUCCUCCCAGCCCCCUCUUCAUGCUGUACACUUGGCUGAUGGCAGCCCUUACAGCCUCCUGAGAAUGCCGGGUUCUGGGUCUGGUCGGGAUUCAGCGUCCACGCCUCGUGAGGGCCGCUAUCCCCGAACGCCACCGCUAUUCAGCCCACCACCGCGCCAUCACCUCAGCCCUGAUGACUUAGCCUUGGCAACACACCAUCCCAGUGCUUUUGACCGGGUGAUGAGGCUGAACUCUGUGCCAUUAGAAGCCCCUCAGACCAUGGACUUUUCUAGACGUCUACGUGAGCUGGCCGGAAAUGCCACAGGAGGUUCUCCGCCUCUUUCCCCUAACAGACCCAACCCUAUGCAACGGCUGCUGCAGCCUUUCCAGCCAGGUUCUAAGCCUCCAUUUUCAGCAACACCUCCCCUCUCCACCUCUCAGUCACCUUCUGGCUCACGUUCCACACCUAAUCCUGUAACAAAUGCAGUCCAAUCGACCACCCCUCUCAAAGCAAAAUCUUGUGAGUUCUGCGGGAAGACCUUCAAAUUCCAGAGCAACCUUAUUGUUCACCGGCGUAGCCAUACAGGGGAAAAGCCAUUUAAGUGUCACCUCUGUAACCAUGCCUGCACACAGGCUAGCAAACUAAAACGUCACAUGAAGACACAUUGUCAGAGUAAGUCUUCACUUCUUAAUGCCAAGUCAGAUGAUGGUCUUUCAACUGCAAGCUCACCUGAACCUGGUACGAGUGAACUGAUGGGCAGUGCCACAGAUGCACUCAAGUCAGUGGUGGCAAAGUUCAAAAGUGAGAACAAUGGCCUUCUGCCUGAAAAUGGAGAGGAGGAGGAGGAAGAGGAAGAUGAUGAGGAAGAGGAAGAAGAAGAAGAAGAAGAGGAGGAGGAGGAAGAAGAGGAGGAGGGGGAGGAGGAGGAAAUUGAGAGAAAGCCUGGAGUAGAAGAAGAGGGAAGGAAUGACUACCGAUUUAGCUUGAGGCUUGAAGGGGCUCGCCAUCACCAGAACAGCGAGGCUCUGCACCCACAUCGCCGGAGCUUAUCCAGGGAGCCUAUUGAUGAAAACUCAGCCAUGGAGUCAGACCGGGCAGAUGACGGAACCACUACUACUAUCAAUGGCUUGAGACCUCUAUCUAAUGACAACCUGUCCAGGAAGCUGUUGGGUGGAGGGGUCAGUCCUGGUUCCCUCAGUCCCCUGUCCAAGCGCAUCAAGGUAGAGAAAGACCUUGACCCUCCCACUCCCACAAUCCCAAACACAGAGAACGUCUACUCUCAGUGGCUUGCUGGCUACGCUGCCUCCCGGCAACUCAAGGACCCCUUCAUCAGCUUCACAGGUGGGGACUCCAGACAAUCACCCUUUGCCUCUUCAUCUGAGCACUCUUCAGAAAACGGCAGCUUGCGCUUCUCUACUCCACCCGGUGAACUCGAUGGGGAACGUGCCGCAUCAGUACGGAGCGGCACCGGCAGCGGGGCCAGCACUCCCCACGGUGUCAGCGGCAAUGGCAGGCCGAGCUCGAAGGAUGGUCGCCGCAGUGACACCUGUGAAUAUUGUGGCAAGGUGUUUAAGAACUGCAGCAACUUGACUGUGCACCGACGCAGUCAUACUGGAGAGCGGCCCUACAAAUGCGAGCUGUGCAGCUAUGCGUGCGCUCAGAGCUCAAAGCUCACCCGUCACAUGAAGACCCAUGGACAGAUGGGCAAGGACGUGUACAAAUGUGAAAUCUGCCACAUGCCUUUCAGUGUAUACAGCACUCUGGAGAAACACAUGAAAAAGUGGCACAGCGACCGCCCUCUGGCUAAUGACAUUAAGACUGAGUAGGCAAAGAGCAGCAUGCUGGUUGCUCUCUCUCAGCUCCUCUGGCUAAAAAGCAACCCUGGCUAACUAGCCAAUAAGUAAGGGGAAAGGACAACAGGGUUAGACACCAGUACACAGUACAGCCCUGUUUUCAUCCCGACUGGAAGAAGCUAGAUGCAUGAUCCAUUACCGGGGCAAUACUAUUGCAUCACACUUAAAACUUUUUGAGCCUUUCUAUUGUGCAAUAAUUUACACGUUUUGUAUUUUUUGUAACUGGACAGCAUGCUCUGUGUGUUUUGGCUACCUAGAGAGAAAAUUGUCCUCAGCUGGUGGGUUUGGUUGUACAUGUGUUGCUGUUUAUACUUUUGAUUUCUUCAACAUAAAAAAAAAAGACUUAUUAAAACCCAUGCUGCAUACAGUACAUACUGUUUUACAUAUCAUGUACAGUUUUGAGUUCAAACAUAGUGGGCAGUGUCAUAUAAUCAAAACAUCAAGACAAGCAGGGUCACACUUAAAAACUGAUCUUUGUGAAAGAUUUUCCAUGCAACAUUUAGAUAUGAUAAAUAUAUAUAGAGAGAAUUAGGCCGCCUAUGAAAUGCUAGGCACUGGCGCCAUUAAAUAUUUCUUUUACAAACAGCAGUGAAAUUAACAAUAUGGUGUGAAAUGACAACAACGAGUGCCUUGGAUAUUUUACCUGCAUUAGUUAAUCCUCCUUUUUGCUAUAAGCUCGGAGUUUCAGCUAUAAAAGAUUACACAACAUUUUGUGCACAUAUGAAAUAAGCAGGUCCUUGCAUCAAGCACCUGUACGACCCUUGUGUUUUUUUUUUACUUAGUGGAGCAUAGAGAACCAGCUAAAACAAAAAGAAAAAAAGAAAAAAAACAUUACGUGUAUCUCUGGUGAAUCAUUUAUCUGCUUGCCUCCUGUAGAUUUUUUUUUUUUUUCGAGAUUACAGUUCUGUUUACGGGCAUGUUACAUGCUUGAGUUUGGUGUAGAGUUUUGGUAUAGGUGAAUAUGUUUUUUGGUACCGUACUGAGGGGGUACUCUGGCGAGUUGUUUUACCAACAUAAAGCUCUUAAUUUUUCAGAGUUUAUUUUCUUUGAUAAUUAAACAAUUUGCAGGUGUUUUUUGCAAGUAACACAGAGUAAUGUUUCUUUGGUGUCCGCCAACAGCCACUUGAAGACCCCAGUGUGGGAUUUAGUUGUUGUAAGCCAGACAGAUUUUUUCAGGUGAGGGUUGGGUGGGUGUAAGAGCAUAAGGGUGGAUGAUGUUCAGGGUAGUAAGUGGGGAGUGGGUUUACCAGGUGUCUCUACAAUUCAAAAAUCGAUGUCGCUGUAGUGUUAUUUCCCGUCACCGCAUUAGAUCUUAGAAACUGUUUAGCGAUCCAAAUUUUUUUUAACAAGUCACACUGAAAUCCAAAAUGUGAUUCUAAAUCAAAGGACAAGAAUAUUGAAAAAAAUCAGCAAAUUUUCCCUCGCAGACAAGGUUUUAAUUUUUCACAUUUAGUUUUCUUUUCGUUUGUCUAGACCUACGCAUGGUAGCCAUGUUUUUUAUUUUAUUUUAUUUUUUAAAUUUUUAGUCUUCACUCCCUGUCAUUGUUGAUGAUAUAGCACUUGUCACUCUGCCUUGGAUUCUGUAUCUGUCUCUCUAAUCGGAGGUACAGUCGGUUGAGUAUAAAAUGAGUACCGGAUUUCAGGUCUGGUACUGCCUACGUGCACUGUUCAAUUUUCCCAGUUUACAGUCGGACGCUCAAGGGAAAACUAGCUCUUAUGCUGACAGAUUAGUGUGGUGUCAUUGCUUUGCAUUAAAAGAAACAAAGAAGAAAAAAAAAGAAGAAAAAGAAUGUUGAACUAGAAACUGUUGCCAGCCAUGUCUCCUUCUGAGAACUAAACAUUGGUUUGGAUCUUGGAAGUAAUAAUGCAGGAACUGCCAUAGAAACAUCCUGCUUCAUACUACAAACUAUAGAAAUAUACUGCUCAGUACAGAAAAAUAAAAAUUCUACAA